CCUUAUCUUCCCCAAACACAACCAAUGGGUUGAGGCUGUGAGGAGGCCUCCCAUAUAGUUAUCCUGUGAUGACCGGCCUCUCAGCUCCUGCUCCGAGCCAUUGCGUCAGCUUUAUUCCCCCUCUCCCUCCACACACACAACACACAACACAUCUGCUGCUGGCGCUCCAGAUCCCAGCAAAAUACACGCUCCAACUCACUCGCUCACUCACUCACCACAAGAACAGGAGAGAGCAAAGCAAAGCAAAGCUCAGAACAACCCACAACUUCAUCCCCGGACUGGAGAAGCCCAGUGUCCUGUGUCCUGGCUCCACAGUAAAGCACAGAGCCCACACCGGCCACAGUGCUAGAUCACCAUGGCGUACCUGCCUGCGACACUCCGAAUAUGGACGUUCUGCAAGCGCGCCGAAAGCUUCCUGUCGGGCCGCAGCGGGCGGCGCGUGACCACUGGCCCAGCAACGACCACGGAGAAGAGCGUGCCGUACAGCAAGACCCUGAAACGGGAGAGCACCGCGGAGGACGCCAAAGGGCCCGGCCGACCCCUGCCGGCCAGCGUGGACGCUGUGGUGGUGGGCGGGGGCAGCCUGGGCUGCCAGACCCUCUACCACUUGGCCAAACUGGGGCUGACCAACGUGGUGCUGCUCGAGCGAGACCUGCUGACCGCAGGCACCACCUGGCACACAGCGGGGCUGCUGUGGCAGUUACGGCCCAGUGACGUGGAGAUCGAGCUGCUGGCCCACACCAAGCGGGUGGUGAGCGAGGAGCUGGAGGUGGAGACGGGUUUAAACACCGGCUGGAUCCAGAAUGGUGGCCUCUUCAUCGCCUCUAACCAACAGCGUCUGGAUGAGUAUAAACGCCUCAUGUCUUUGGGGAAGGUUUACGGGAUCGAGUCCCACGUGCUGUCGCCGGCAGAGACGAAAACACUUUACCCGCUGAUGAACGUGGACGAUCUGUACGGGACCCUGUACGUCCCCUCCGAUGGCACCAUGGACCCGGCCGGCACCUGCUCCACACUGGCUCGGGCCGCAACCGCUCGGGGGGCAACGGUGAUUGAGAGCUGCCCAGUGACAGGGAUUCAGGUGAAGGUGGAUGAUUUGGGUGUGAGGAGGGUGUGUGGGGUGGAGACACCUUACGGCACAAUACAGACUCCGUGUGUGGUGAACUGCGCAGGUGUGUGGGCCCAGAAGCUGGGUGCCAUGGCUGGGGUCAGUGUGCCUCUCAUCGCCAUGCAUCACGCUUACAUAGUGACAGAGCACAUCGAGGGAAUCCAGAACAUGCCGAAUGUGCGAGACCACGAUACGUCCAUCUACCUGAGGCUCCAGGGCGACGCUCUGUCUGUCGGCGGUUACGAGGCAAACCCCAUCUUUUGGGAAGAGGUCUCGGACUCCUUUGCCUUCAGCCUCUUUGACCUGGACUGGGACGUGUUUACGCAGCACAUCGAAGGAGCCAUCAACCGGGUCCCUGCGUUGGAGACCGCAGGGGUCAAGUCCACUGUGUGUGGCCCAGAGGCCUUCACUGCUGACCACAAGCCACUGAUGGGGGAGGCGCCCGAACUGAGAGGCUUCUUCCUGGGCUGUGGCUUCAACAGCGCCGGAAUGAUGCUGGGCGGAGGCUGUGGGAAGGAGUUGGCUCACUGGAUCAUUCACGGCUCCCCAGAGAAGGACAUGUUUGGAUAUGACAUCAGGAGGUUCCACCACUCACUGACACAAAACAACCGCUGGAUCCGGGAGCGAAGUCACGAGUCUUACGCCAAGAAUUACUCUGUCGUUUUCCCGCACGAUGAGCCGCUGGCAGGCAGGAACAUGCGGCAAGACCCUCUGCACCAGGAGCUGCUGCGGUGUGGCUGCGUGUACCAGGAGCGUCACGGUUGGGAACGGCCCGGCUGGUUUAACACAGACCAGACCGUGCCGAUUUUAGAUUACGAUUACUACGGUAAUUAUGGCUACAGUCAGCACAAGGACUAUCAGUACAAACAGCUGCUCAAUGCGGAGUACACCUUCAAGUUCCCAGCCCACCACCACAAGGUCGGGGCUGAGUGCCUGAGCUGCCGCGAGGCUGUCGCUGUCUUUGACAUGUCGUAUUUCGGGAAAUUCUACCUGGUCGGACCGGAUGCCAAGGCAGCGGCCGAUUGGUUGUUUACUGCCGAUGUAAGCAAGUCUCUAGGUUCCACGGUGUACACGUGUAUGCUGAACAGCCGGGGCGGCACAGAGUGUGAUCUGACUGUCAGCCGCCUCCAGCCCCCGGCACAGCCCUCGGCACUGGCCCCCGCCUUCCAAGGUGAUGGGUAUUACCUGGCAGUGGGAGGGGCAGUGGCCCAGCACAGCUGGUCGCACAUUACCAGUGUUCUGCAGGACAGAGGGUAUAACUGCCGGCUGAUUGACUUCUCCGAGGAGCUGGGCAUGAUCAGCAUCCAGGGACCCAAGAGCCGGGAGCUGCUGCAGGAGGUGCUCGACACUGAUCUCAGCAACGAGGCCUUUCCCUUCUCAACACACCAGCUUGUCAAAGCCGCCGGGCACAUGGUGCGAGCUAUGAGGCUGUCCUUUGUGGGGGAACUGGGUUGGGAGUUGCACAUUCCCCGGGAAGCCUGCGUACCGGUGUACCGCGCAGUGAUGGAGGCGGGCGCCAAGCACGGCAUCGUGAACGCUGGUUACAGGGCCAUCGACUCCCUCAGCAUAGAGAAAGGGUACCGACACUGGCACGCUGACCUUCGCUCUGACGAUACGCCGCUGGAGGCAGGGCUGGCCUUCACCUGUAAACUGAAGUCCCCGACGCCGUUCCUGGGCCGCGAGGCGCUACAGAGGCAGCGAGAGUCGGGGCUGUACAAGCGGCUUGUGUGCUUCACCAUCGACGAGAAGGUGCCGAUGUUCGGGCUGGAGGGAAUCUGGAGGAACGGCCAGGCUGUGGGUCACCUCCGCAGGGCAGACUUCGCCUUCGCUCUGGAUAAGACGCUGGGUUACGGAUACAUCAGCAACCCUCAGUGUGGAGUGGUGACGCCUGACUAUGUUCGGAGUGGGGAAUACUCUUUGGAGAGGAUGGGGGUCCGGUACCCGGCACAAGCCCAUCUCAAGUCUCCCUUCGACCCCAGCAACAAGCGAGUGAAGGGGAUUUACUGAGGCUGAGCAGGAAGCCAUCCUGGCCUGUUCCUGCUCCGGGAUCCGGAAUCCGGGAAUGCCAGAAGCAGCUAAAGUCCGGAUGUUUAAUUAGGUUUAAUUCCAACCCUCCCUCCUGGUUUUGUGUAGAGUUAAGGUUAGGGUUAGGGACUCGCCAAUAGCUGGGACUGGGAAUGGGGUCCCAAUAGCUGGGACUGGGAAUGGGGUGCUGAUUUCCGUCUCUCCCACUCAGGACCAGGGAGCGACUCAAUGUUUACACCAAAUCAGGUGCUGAUUUCAUGGGAACUCUGUCUUUAAUGAGACGUCAGAGAGUCCAUGCCCCUAAAUCCCUCUCCAGCCUCGGGUUUGGACACAAUCAUCUGUAAUUUGUUCAUUCAGAAAUGGAAGAUCUUUAUAUAAUAACGGGUCAGUCUGUCAAUAACAAAUUGUAUUUAUCUAACCUUUCAUAUAGGGAGGACGUCCCAAGCCGCUGAAGUAGGGUUAUAACCUAUACAAUGUCUUGUGUGUUACGUGAUGUGUUACCGUGAGGCUGGUGCAGGUGAAUGCCGGGUCGUGGGAUAUAACAUUGUUUGUUACAAGGUCUGGUGCAGGGGCUGCAUGUAAUUUCAUUGCAAGUUACUCGGCGUCUUACAGGACUGCAUGUAAUGCCAAUGCGCUAGGUUUGGUGUUAGAAAGGUCCAUUUUGUUGUUACUGUGUUUUACGUUGGGUGUUACAGGGUUACAAGUCGUGCCAUUGUGUGUUAUGCCAUGUGUAAUGGUACGUCACAGGUCUGUAUUAUGUCAAGUGUAUGUAUUAUAUAUAGUAUGUAUGUAUCAUACAUGUAUGUAUGACCCUCCUCUUCUCUCAAGACUGAAGAGCUCAGCAAUUAUCUAAUCGCUGCUCAUAGAUCAUUCCCCUUAACACUGGAGAACAGCCUCGUUGCUCUCCUCUGCACCACCUCUAGGCCUGGGCAGCCCCCUUGACCAGAGCUGUGUGCAGUAUUCAAUGUGCGGCCUGACCAGAGCUGUACAGGUUGAAUUUGACGUCUAGGGAUCUUUAUCCAACUGAUUAAGCAAUGUAGCCCAGCAUCCUGCGUGCCCUCACAAUGUUUUGACAUAAUGAGCGACGAGUCGGUUAACACCCCGAGAUCUCUUCCAGAAUCCCCCUUGAAUCCUAGAAAGUACAGUACAAGAGGCCAGUCAACCAUUCUGUCUGUGCUGGAGCUCGCUCCACACUGGAGCUCUCCACUCUAAUCCCAAUCCCUGCUGCUUCCCCAUUGUGUCUUUGCUGGGGGUCGCUCCCCACUGGAGCUCUCUACUCUAAUCCCAUUCCCUGCUGUUUCCCCAUUGUGUCUUUGCUGGGGGUCGCUCCCCACUGGAGCUCUCUACUCUAAUCCCAUUCCCUGCUGUUUCCCCAUUGUGUCUUUGCUGGGGGUCGCUCCACACUGGAGCUCUUGGCUCUAAUCUUAUUUUCUGUUCCCUGUUUUUAAAUGUCAGUAUAUCCAACUUCCCUUUAAACACGGUGUUAGCCUCAGAUCUGGUGCCUUUUGUGAUAACGGAUUCCAUGCACUAACAAUGCUUGCAUGUCUUCCAUCCCCCGCCUUCCACCCUCCUGAUAAUCCUCAAUUUCCAUCCUCUUGGCACUGAUUCGAAACAAGGCACUUUCAGAUAUUAUUCUGAACUCUUUAACAGAAACAAAAAGCAGCAGGAAGGGAUUGGAGUGUGGCGAGCCUCCCACACAAUGAUCAUUAAUAAGCGGAGAAGCUAAUAAUAAUAAUGAUGCUCAUAGCUACAGUGUCCCAUAGCUAAUAAAUAGUGGUUAGAGCACUUGCCUCGCAAGAUUGAGCACCUGGAUUUGAUUCUCGGGCUGGACAAAACCUUAGGCAAGUUUCCUUACUCCACACGCAGUAAGUAGGAACCCGGUUGUUUGUUGAUUGGCGGAUUGCUUUCUGAGAGUAAUAAUCUCUUCAAAAAAAAGUGGUCACUCAAUCCACGACUCUUUGUGGGAUAUUGCUGCAUACAAUUGACUGCCGUGGUUUUUUUUUGGGGGGGGGGAUUUCUUAGCCAGGACACCGGGAGAGAGAAACUUCCUUCUCUUUUCGAAUAGCGCCGUGGAAUCUUUAACGUCCACCUGAACGAGGAGAUGUUACCUAAGUUUAACGUCUCAUCCAAAGGCAGACAUGACCAACAAUGCAGGGCUCCCCUCCCCAGCACUGCAUUGGGGCGUUAACUUAGACUAUGUGAUUCCAAAUUCUGACGUGGGGGCUUGAACCCAUGAUCUUCUGACUCUUGAGGCGAGAGUGCUACCACCACGCCAAGCUGACACAUAAUCAGCCUCAUCACAGCCAAUCUCCACUGUCCCCUCUCUCCAUGGCUGAGGCUGUUCUGUCGUGACCAGGCUGGAUAUGUUACUCCACGCAGAUCACCUACUGCCUCUUGCAGUCACUGUCCUGACACACUGCUCUGUGAGGAGCUCUGCUCCAUGAGGUUUGAGGUCCUCCCAACGUGAAAGGCGCUAUACAAGUGUAAUCUUCUUGUUGUUAUCAGGGAUCCUGGAAUCUUAGCAGGUCAGACUCACGCAGACUCCUGGUGCGGAGAAAGUCAGUGGUCAGAGACCAGACACUGUGUGUUACAUGCCUCCUCUGGGUCCCAUGUCACAGUGGUGUGUCACACACGCCUCCUCUGACUAUGGAUUGACUACACAUUCCCUUUUGAAUGGCAGCCCAAACCAAACCAGUGUUAUAAAACACCCGGUAAUGUGAUAAACACCCAGUGAUGUAAUAAACACCCAUUAAUGUAAUAAACCCUGCUUUUAACUACAA